AUGAUUGUUGAGGAAGAAAAGUUGAUGAUUCCUGAAAUUAUUUGGAAAGGCGUUGUCCCUUUCCCAUACAAAAACCGCAAUCAGUACCAUAAAGAAGAAAUUCAGUCCGCAAUAGCUACGAAGGACCUUAAGUGGACUUCACAAAUUGUCCACGGCUUGUUGCUGAGGAAGGCUGAUUCGAAGACAGUUUCCCAAGUCAAUGGGAUAAAAUUCAUCGUUGGCAAUAAGGUGAUCCAAUUCACGACGCAACAAUUUUGCGUUGUCACAGGGCUAAGGUUUGGAAACCUUCCUUUCAUUCCGAUUGCAACUAAUGAGAAUUGCUCAUUGAAAAGGAAUGAAAAACAUGUCCACAUUGACAUGCAGUAUUUGAAAUUAGCGGAAGACCUUGAAGAGUUUGUAAAGUAUCCAUGGGGUGUUGUUUCUUAUGCCAAGACAAAUGUCUCACUUUUGAUGGCACUUUGUGCCGAUUACCAAUGA